AUGAAUGGUAAAAUGCACAGCGAAACGGGCACUUUCUCAUCCGAUGGCAUGAGAGCCGAAAUAUUAAAUCCUUUCGUCCACAAGCUUGAACUGGACAAUACAUACGACAAGAUAAGGACGGCGAUCUUCACAGUAAUUCUUCUGCCAUUCAGAGUGAUUGUAAUCUGUUACCUGAUAGUGUCUGCUUGGUUUCUUGCCUGCAUCGGCUUGUAUGGACUCAGUGAAGAAGACUUGAGAAGGAAACCAAUGACCGGCUGGAGAAGCAAACUCCGCUUCUAUAUUCUGUCCCUCAUGCGGUUGGUGGUGGUGGCUGCUGGUUUCCACCGCGUGCGUGUUCUGGGUCGUCACCACCUACCGACCAGCCCCAGGGAUGCGCCGGUGGUGGUGAUGGCACCACACUCCUCAUUCUUCGACGCCAUCGCCAUCGUCUGCCUUGGCGCCCCAAGUGUGGUCGCUAAAGCCGACACCGCAAGACUUCCAUUCAUUGGACGUACGUUAUGGCAUGUGUAG